AUGCCGCCGUUUCCGAAAAGGAAACUUGGAAAAUGUGGACCCGAGGUCUCAGCGUUGGGAUUUGGUGCUAUGGGACUGAGCGCAUCGUAUGGCAAAGUCGAAGAGAAUGAAGUUAGAUUCAAAGUGCUAGAUCGUGCCUUGGAGCUUGGUUCUACAUUUUGGGAUACUUCCGAUGUCUAUGCCGACAGCGAGGAUCUGUUGAAACUGUGGUUCGAGCGCACUGGAAAACGCGAUCAGAUAUUCCUGGCCACCAAAUUCGGCGUGACUAUCGAAAAUGGAAAACCGACGAUGCGAAGUGACCCUGAGUAUGUGAGGCAGGCCUGCGAGAAGAGUCUGAGGAGGCUGGGUUUGGGCAAGAUUGAUCUUUAUUAUUGUCAUCGUGUGGACAAAAUCACCCCCAUUGAAGAGACGGUAUCUGAAAUGGCAAAGCUGAAGAAGGAAGGGAAGAUCGGUGCUAUCGGCCUCAGUGAGGUCUCUGCUGCGACAAUCAGAAGGGCUGAGAAGGUUCACCACAUUGAUGCCGUGCAACUUGAGUACAGCCCAUUUGCCCUUGACAUCGAAUACCCCGAGAUUGGAAUUCUGGAGACGUGUCGAGAGCUAGGUAUUGCGGUCGUCGCCUAUAGCCCGCUGGGGCGAGGUUUUCUUACCGGACAAAUCAAAAGUCCGGACGACUUUGAAGACGGCGAUUUUAGAAAAUAUGCGCCGAGAUACAGCAAGGAGAAUUUUCCAAAGAACCUGAAGCUGGUGCAGAAACUGCAGGAUAUCGCAGCCAAGAAGGAUUGCACUGCUGGGCAGUUGAGUCUGGCCUGGUUACUAGCGCAAGGCCCAGAUGUCAUUCCCAUUCCUGGAACCAAGAAAAUCAAAUAUCUUGAGGAGAACAUCGGCUCCAUCAAAGUGCAGCUGACCGCUGAAGAAGUGAAGGAGAUACGCGCGGAGAUUGAGAAGGUCGAGGUCACAGGUGAUAGAUACCCACCAGCAUUCCAGUCGUACUCUUUUGGGGACACACCUGAACUCAGCCCGUAG